CUGAGAUUCUCCAAGCGUUAUUCCUUUAGUUUCUGCAAUCUUCUUCAAGUCAUAAUAGCUGUAGUUCUGCUCUCUCUAGUUCCUUUCAACUUCUCUCAUCCUCUCGUUCUCUCUCGCGACUCGUUCUCAAUUGCUGGUACUUGACUUGCUUUCGGGAAGACGUGAUGGCACUGUCAGUUUCCGCCAUCGGAUUUGAAGGUUAUGAAAAGAGGCUCGAGUUGACAUUCUAUGAGCCUGGAAUCUUUGCUGACCCUGAAGGAAUGGGUCUUCGUUCAUUGUCCAAAUCCCAGUUGGAUGAGUUUCUGAAACCAGCUGAGUGCACCAUUGUUUCUUCGCUGUCAAAUGAAUUGGUUGACUCUUAUGUGCUUUCGGAGUCUAGCCUCUUUGUGUACCCUUACAAACUCAUCAUCAAGACUUGCGGGACAACGAAAUUACUUCUUUCCAUUCCAGCCAUCCUCAAAUUGGCUGAUUCCCUGUCCCUUUCUGUCAAGUCUGUGAGGUACACUCGUGGGAGCUUUAUCUUCCCCGGUGCCCAGCAUUUCCCUCAUAGGAACUUCUCGGAGGAAGUAGCUGUCCUUGAUAGCUACUUUGGUAACCUUGGUGCUGGCAGCAAGGCGUAUUUGAUGGGCAGUUCAGAAAAGGCUCAGAAAUGGCAUGUUUACUCUGCUUCUGCUGAGAAGACGAGCCUCCUGCAUUCAGUUUUCACUCUGGAAAUGUCCAUGACUGGUCUCGACAAGAAAAGGGCAUCUGUCUUCUUCAAGGAGAACUCACCUUCUGCUGCAGCUAUGACCGAGGAGUCUGGCAUUCGGAAGAUCCUUCCCGAGUCUGAUAUCUGCGAUUUUGAGUUUGAUCCCUGUGGGUACUCCAUGAAUGCAAUUGAAGGGGGUGCAAUUUCUACCAUCCAUGUCACACCAGAAGAUGGCUUCAGUUAUGCCAGUUUCGAGGCUGUUGGCUAUGAUUUCAAGGCUGUGAAUCUGUCGCAGCUUAUCCAGAGGGUUUUGGUCUGCUUCGAGCCGGCUGAGUUCUCUGCGGCUCUCCAUUACGAUUCAGCUGAUGAGGAUCUGGUGUCGAGGUUCCCUCUUGACCCGAAGGGGUAUAGUGCUGGAGAAACGAGUUGCGAGGUGCUUGGAAAAGGUGGUUCUAUCAUGUACACAAGCUUCGCCAGAGCAGGAAGCUGCGGAUCUCCGAGGUCCAUCCUGAAGUGCUGUUGGAGCGAGGACGAGAAAGAUGAGGAAGUGGAAGAGAAAAUAGUCUAAUAGAGUAGUAUGAAUGAAUAAAAGUACUCUGGGGUUUGAUGUUUGUUCGAGCAACAUUGAGCUCGAGACUGUCGGGUUGUUUCAUUUCUUGUUCGUUUUGUCAUCUGGAGUCGUAUUAGUUGGGUCUCGCAGUCCACCAUGGCGUGGCGACUGUGGCAGAGUCGUCAGUGUCACGGUGUGGAUGUGUUGCUGCUGUUUAUUGGAAAAACCAUUCUAUGUUUCCUUCAUCGAA